CUCAGCAUGAUAAGAUGAGGCGGAUGCUGUAGCCUCGUGCGAAUCAUCUCCUUGACACCUGUGACACCUGGCCCGGCCAACACGGGCAGCGUCACAGACCAUGGCGGCUCCGAGACGCCUGUUGCAGCGGCAGCUGUUCAGCACGCGAAUAGCUCUCGGUCGAAACAGCUGGGUCGCAGCACGCCGCGCGUAUGCCACCGAUGAGAAGGAUCCCAACGGACGUGAAUCAUUCAAGGGACAACUGUACCAGAGCACGCACGAGAGAGUUUUGCGGGAAAAGGAAGAGCAGGCACGAUUCGCGCAGCAGCGAGAACAGCAGAAGGCGGCAAACAGUAGUGGAGUGUGGUUCAUACCCAUAGUGCUUGCCGUUGGAGCUCUUGGAGGAUGGCUCAUGGGCAAGCAGACGCCAGCGGAGCCUGUGCCUCACUCGACGUUACCACUCUCGCAGUCGAAAGCACCGAAACACGAUAUCUCACCCGCAACAUUGCAAGCUGCGUGGAGCGACUUCAAGGAUAUCGUUGGCGAGGAGAACAUUUCGACGGAGCAGGCAGAUCUCAAAUCACACGCGGGUAGCGAGUGGAGCACGCAUCAUGCGUUGGACGAUGAUGUGCCCUUUGCGGUGGUUCGACCUGCGAGCACGGAAGAGGUUUCUGCUAUCAUGAAGGUCUGUCACAAGCGUCGGAUACCUGUCACUGGAUACAGCGGAGGCACCUCGCUGGAGGGGCAUUUUGCUGCUACACGAGGUGGCAUCUGCGUCGAUUUCAGUCGCAUGGACAAGAUAUUGGCACUGCACAAGGAAGACUUGGACGUGGUUGUGCAGCCGGCAGUAGGCUGGGAGAAUCUCAACGAGGAACUCGGCGAUCAAGGACUCUUUUUCCCACCUGAUCCGGGUCCCGGUGCGAUGAUUGGAGGCAUGGUGGGAACUGGUUGCUCAGGCACAAACGCAUACAGAUAUGGCACGAUGAAGGAUUGGGUCCUCUCGCUCACCGUUGUGCUAGCUGAUGGUACCAUCGUCAAGACCAAGCAAAGGCCGAGAAAGAGCAGCGCGGGAUAUGACCUCACCCGUAUGUUCAUCGGAUCCGAAGGCACUCUGGGUCUCGUAACAGAAGCUGUUCUGAAGGUAACUCCCAAACCGCAGAGCACCAACGUGGCGGUGUGCACAUUCCCUUCCAUCCGGUCUGCCGCGGACUGUGUGUUCCGAGUGGUCGGUGCUGGCGUCCCCAUUGCGGCCAUCGAGAUCCUGGACGACGUCCAGAUGUGGUGCAUCAACCAGGCUGGACAGACUUCACGCCCAUGGAAAGAGGUGCCGACAUUGUUCUUCAAGUUCGCCGGCACUCCAACAAGCGUGAAAGAGCACAUUACCAUUGUCAAGGACCUGGCGAAAAAGUCUGGUAGCAAGACGUUUGAGUUCGCGAGGUCUCCAGAGGAACAAGCAGAGCUCUGGUCCGCGCGGAAAGAAGCUUUAUGGAGUGUCAUGGCCCAAAAGAAGAACGAUGGCGAUCAUGUCUGGACCACCGAUGUGGCAGUCCCAAUUUCUCGCUUACCACAGAUCAUUGAAGAGACCAAAGAUGACAUUUCAAAGUCAGGUCUCAUAGGCUCCAUCGUCGGACACGUGGGUGAUGGCAAUUUCCACGCCAUCAUCUUGUACAACGACAAAGAGCACGAGAUUGCAGAGGAAGUGGUCCACAAAAUGGUCAAGCGUGCCAUCGAGCUGGAAGGCACAGCAACAGGUGAACAUGGAGUCGGGCUUGUUAAGCGCGAUUACCUGCAGCAUGAAAUCGGAAUUGAGGCUGUGGAUCUGAUGCGAAAGAUGAAACAAUCUUUCGAUCCGCUGUGCUUGCUGAAUUGUGACAAGAUUGUCCGUAUCCAGCAGCCAAAGGCAGGUGAGGUCGCCGAGUGGUAGAGGAAAGCGAGAGUACGCACUAGUGCGGCGUAUACAUAUGCCGGUGUCUUGACUGGCUGACCCUCGCGCGAGUCAUGCACAUUGUACAUGCUGUAGGCGGAGAAUGUAGGAGGAGAAUCUGCGGUGCCAGUGCCAAACAGAAGGUAAAUUCAUCAUGCAGCCCUAGGGUAACACGCGCUCGAUGCUUUGCUACAUGAGAACGUGCGUGCAGCUGUGAGCUGUAGCUUCCGCCUUCCAUGCUCGCCAGGAUAGCCCAUCGAACCAAGCAAGAAUGCUGUCAUACAUUCUCAUCUUCACUCCACGCUGCAAUCUCCUUUGUGGCAUAUGCCC